AUGGAGUUCGCUUCAAAAGUUGACCGAGAAUCUGCCCAAGCCGAACCUCCCAGAAAUCGACCUGCUGGAGAAAGUGAGAGUGACGGCGAAGGAUUCGACAUCUUCCCAAAACCAGCCAUCGUCCCAGCCAACACCAACGAACGAAUUCAUUAUGACGAGGACGAAUGGGGGUCAAGGAAUAAUGCGGCUUAUUCUUCGUCACAAGCCAUACUGCCAGAACCGGUGGUUAUCUCGGCUAGCGAGUCAGCCAGGAUUGCUUGUUCAAGAGGCGAAAUUGAUAAGGUGCAGAAGCUCUUAGACGAUGGCUCCAUUCAAAUAAACUGCUUCCUCCCCGACGACACCACCCUACUAAUCACCGCUGCUGCAUACGCUUAUCCUAGCCUGGUCAAGUUUCUCAUCGAACGUGGCGCAGAUGUUACCCAAUUUAGCCACGGUUUAGACAAAACCACCCCCCUCAUCGCCGCCGUCUCCUGCACGCGCCCCUCCGCCACGGAAGACCACGUUCUCGCCUGUGUCAAACUCCUCGUCGAGAAAGGCUCCCCCCUCAACACGCAGGGUCACUCCGCUCUCACCGCGCUCGUCAUCGCGAUCAAACGUCGCCAAGAACGACACGCCGUUUCCGAGUACUUACUCCAGCACGGCGCCAAUCCAGACGUCCAAGAUUUCGCCGGGCGAACCCCACUCUUCCACGCGGCGGAAGUUGGCGACGGAAAAUCCUGCCGAUUACUCCUCGAACACAAUGCAAACGUCAACAUCAUCGACGACAACGGGUGGUCCUGCCUCGACGUCGCGGGGGACAAAGGAUUCAACUCGCUGAGCGAAUUACUCUAUAAAGUCCGCACCACAAAAUGGAAACCGGGGCAGGAUCCCGUCCUCAUGAAGGAGAUUAAGGACGUUAUCAUAGGUCGUGGAAGAGUAUCCAAAAUUCGGGAAGAUUCUCAAAUCGAAAUGCUCCUCAGGGCCAUCAAUGCGGAAAAAUAUAAACAAAAUUUCCGCCACCAUAAAGUCACCUACCUCCAAUUUCUUCAGUUUGAUGAAGAAGACCUCAAAGCCGUGGGGAUUGAGGAGGUCGGAAUUCGGAAAAAAGUGAUGGAAUCAAUUCGUGAAGCGCACAGUACCGGCUGGGCGAGAUCUUGGAUGAAUAUGAUGUCCGUUAAUAAAAGAUGUACCGGAAUGGAAACCGUGUGCAUUGUGAACAACAUCAAUUUUCAUGUGGAACAUAUUCAGAACACAAUUCACAAGUUGACAAAAAGGAUUUUGAAGGACCCCACAAGUCUCCGGCUGGGGAAGGAAAGGAGUGACAUUUCCGGUAUCUUGUCGCGCCUGAAGGACUUGGAUAAGAACAAUUUUAUCUUGCAUGAAGAACUGCUGAAGAUGAAGCAACUCUUUGUUAGGCUAAAGAACAAUGCGGAACUCCAGAUCGGUGAUAAGUUCGAGUUGGAGCCGAAGGAUAUGCAAGAAUUUCUUGAGAGGUGGAAUGCUGUCAAGAAAGAUGACAAGAAGGAAUCGAGUGAUGGGAAGAAAUGGGUGUUAUUUGGGGUGACAAGUGCCUUACUUGUCACGGCAAUUGCUUGGAAGUCCUGGUCUCGAUGAUGACUAUGGUGCUAAUCAAAUAUUUUCUACAUAGAUGACCUAUUUUUAAGCAUGUACCAUUCACUCACAAUGGAGGGUCUCCCAGCGUAUGCGAUCC